CGAAUGACUUCCCGCUGGAAUGGCUGGUCAAUCUAAGAUCAACACGAAUAGGACUGAAAAUAAGCCAUGAAAGGCUCGAAUUGCUAAGGACCUAUCAUUAAUGCAGAAGUUGACUAUUAGGUAAAUUGUAGACACCUGGGACAGUGAUGUAAGCUCGAGGAAAUGAUAAAGCUAGCGGCCACCACUUUAAGCCCCAAUUACCCUCCAUUCGACAUUCAUCCGAUACUACGUAAGGCUAUGGGACGGCAAUCCCUCGCCCACUUAGUGCUUCUAAGAUUAUCAGAUCGGUUUAGUUCAGUACGUGUGCCGUACAAGUGACGCGCGGUGCCUUAAAGAUGGGUCGGCAGCCAUCCCUGUCUAUAAGUCCAUGUCCAACAAAGAAUCUCACGACUCGGACCCCAAAGCGUUUCGAUCUACUUGAGCACAAAAGAUGUCAUAUUUCACUUUACUUCUUUGUCUUCUCCUUCCAACACAUGUCCCCAAUGUUGCGGCAUCAUGGGCAUCGGGAUGCAGUACCUUCCAGUCCCACGACGGCUCAUCCAAGGCAGUGCGGUGGUAUUAUUCCUCGUCGCCUUAUUGACUUACCAAUCUCCCUUUGGUUUGAGAGCAAUUCUAUUCCCUCCGAAGACUCCUAAGAUAUGCCAAUGGCAAGACUGGCAGAGCUCGCCACCAGUUUACCAUGACUGCAAAACAGUCAGGUCUCCCCUUAUCGGGGACCCCAACGUUCUAGGCGAUUCGAAGCGAUGUCUCUUAGCCAGGACCCGGCUAAACGAGUUCCGCUCCUCGACUGAGCGUUACUGGCCCAGCAUAAAAUGGGGCCAGUUGCAGAGACAAUGCCUUCCCAUAAGGGGUCAUAAAGUACCGGAUAAUGAGGAUGUGAUGAGCCGCAAAUGGCGCCGACCUCCCCAUUUCAAAGAGGUGGAACCGAUACCAAAAGGUUCUUCGGGCAGAGUUGCAAUCGUGCUGAGGACUUGGGAUAACUACGCAUACACCGAAACGAGGCGCGCAUGGCUGCGCACUCUCAUCUCUGAGGCCUCGAUUCAAGGGGGAUACCACGUCUUCUUCCUCGUCAACGUGAAAGACCCAAACAUAAACCUAGAAGAAGACGACUUCGCUUAUAAGAAGUGGCUGGCUGAGUAUGUCCCAGAGGAGUUCCGCGACAUGGCCUUCUUGUACAACGAGAACACACUCAAGGCCUGGUAUCCUCUGGUGGAAGAACACGGCGCACAAGACCAGAUAUACCAAGCCCUCCAGAUCUUCUCGCACCAGUUCCCACAGUACGACCACAUCUGGCAGCUAGAGAUGGACCUGCGCUUCACAGGCCACGUCCACUCGGCCCUGGAAUCCGCGACCUCCUUCGCGCGCGCCCAAAGCCGGCGGAACCUCUGGGAGCGCAACGGCCGCUUCUACCUCCCCGCCAUCCACCACUCGUACGAGAACUUCACGGCCGCGGUAGACGCCGAGAUCGGCGAUACUGGCAUCUGGGGCGCCGUCGCAACGGAAGGGAUCGAGUCUGUCGUACCACCACCCCAAAGUGUGCAUUCCUGGGGCGUGGAAGAAGAGGCCGAUGUGAUCAACUUCAUGCCGACGAUCGACCCCGUGGGCACGGACUGGGUGUACGAGAACACGGUUCACGGCUUCGCAAACGGCACGGACACGCCGCGUCGCGCGGCCAUCGUGAGCAUUACGCGCUCUUCACGGCGGCUGCUCCGCGCCAUCAGCAAGGCCCAGCGAGAGAAGGGUCAGUGGGUAGUGAGUGAAGCCAUGCUGGAGACGUUUGCGUUGCUGCAGGGGCUGAAAGCGGUAACGGUGCCGCAUCCGAUCGUUUUCACCAACGAGAAGAGUGCGCAGGAUCUCGAUCGCGAGAUCCAUAGGGGUCCGCCGAGUAAUAGGGCUGGGGGGAAGACAUCGAUGGUCUACACGAAUGAGGGAUUCCCGCCGAGCCCGUGGUGGGGGGCGAGUUAUUGGUUCACGGGGGAUGGGGCAAAGGGAUUAUGGGAGGCGUAUGUUGAGGGCGAGGAUUUGCCGCCGAUGCUGCUGCACCCUGUGAAAGAAAUAUGAAGGAUAGAUACCCUAUGUAGUACAUAGGUAAUAUUAUGUGUACUACCUGGCUGAGUUUCUUCGAGAAAACCGGUGGGACGGUUUUGGUUUAGAGGAGUUUAUUUAUUACAUUAGAUAACCGCUUCCCCCUUUAUUCCCAAUGCACACCAACCUUAGGUAAAUACAUAAUAAAUAUACCACAGAUGUGGACGUUUGACGAUAUAACCAAAGAGGAGUUGAAAUCUAUUCCAAUCCAGUCCAUCCCAUCCCAUCCCAUGCACCAUGUUAGCCGCCAAUACUCUCGAGUCCCCUCUAUGCCCUCCUUAUUUAUCCUAAAAACCUCAAGCCCUCGCGAACGGGCCUAAUCUUGCAGCGCUCCAUGCAGCGCCUUCCACCUCUCCAAAAUCUCCUUCUUUUCCACAUCAGUCGCUUGCCGGCAGUCAUCCAGACCCUGCCUGAACCUAAUCAGCAAGAUCUCCGCCUUGAGCUCCGUAAGCCGGUGUUUCGAGAGCUCCUUCUGGACGCCCUUGAGCGAGUAGCCCGGCAAGCCCACAACGCCAGCGCCAACGCCCCCCAGCACCCCAUACCCCGCCCUCAACAG